AUGGCUGCACGACAACGUGCUGUGGUACAGCAUAAGGAUAUGACGACCGACUUACAAGAAGAUGCUGUGCAAACGGCAACGGAAGCACUGGAGCGAUAUCAGGUCGAGAAGGAUAUCGCUUCGUACAUCAAACGCGAGUUCGAUCGGAAACAUGAACCAUUCUGGCACUGUGUAGUCGGCAAAGCUUUCGGAAGCUGUGUUAUGUACGAGCAGCAGAGUUUCAUCUAUUUCUAUCUGGAAGGACGUGCAAUCAUGCUCUAUAAAUGUGGAUAA